AUGGAAACCAUGGGAGAAUGGAGUACCGGCUUAGGCGGAAUGUAUACAGAAGAAGCUGAUUUCAUGAACCAGCUUCUUGCCUCGUAUGAUCACCCCUGUGGUGGAUCGUCCUCAGAGAUAACAGCAACAACCGCCGCAUACCACCGCCAGAACUGUGUUCAUUGGACUGGCGGCAGCUUUUGCUUUUCUGAAGAGAGCAGUAGCUACAGCGCCGGGAACUAUAGUUACUACGCGGUUAUGCCACCACAAGAAGAAAACAACAAUGGGAUGAAGGAUGUAACGAUCAACACGAACUUGUACCUGGUGGGUGAGGAGACGAGUGAAUGCGACGCGGCGGAAUAUUCUGGUAAGAGCCUUUUGCCUUUGGAGACUGUCGAGGAGAAGCACGACGAUAAUAUGCUGCAGUCUGAGACCUUAUUGGCUACGACUGAUGAUCAGAAACUGUUCAACCCAUGCGAGAGUUCCAAGAAGAGGUCGCGUGGCACAUCUUCAGACAAGAACAAGAGAGCCAGUAAGGCAAGGAGGAAUCAGAAAAGCAUGGAGAUGAGUGACGAUAAUAACAAUAACGACGAAGAAGAACAGACGACAAAGAAAGCUGCAGCGAAGAGAAAGACCAAACCACUUAAGCUGCAAAAGACUUGUUGUUCAGACGAGGACGAAUCAAACGGUGGAGACACUUCCUCUUGCAAAGAAGGAGGCGACGACUCUAAAUCUCUCAACCUCAGUGGCAAGACUAGGGCUAGCCGGGGCGCUGCCACCGAUCCUCAAAGCCUCUACGCAAGGAAAAGAAGAGAGAGGAUAAACGAGAAGCUAAGGAUUUUGCAAAACCUCGUCCCUAAUGGAACAAAGGUCGAUAUUAGCACGAUGUUGGAGGAAGCAGUACAAUACGUGAAAUUUCUGCAGCUCCAAAUUAAGUUGUUGAGCUCUGAUGAUCUAUGGAUGUACGCUCCAAUUGCUUACAACGGGAUGGAUAUUGGCCUCGAUAUGAAACUCAACUCACUCAUAUGA